GUUCUCGUUCAGUUCGCCGCGCGGCUCCGGCAGUUUCAGUUUCGAGGUCCUGACUCGGUCCGUUUCUCAGUUCCGAGCAAACUUCGGCGGGGAGCAGAAGGAGCAGAGCGGAGCAGUGGAGCCCCACCAGCAAAUAAAAAUAGACAAAAUACUGAAACAAUAACUCGAGGCGGCGAGCUAGUGUAGAAUUUUGUACAUAUACAAUAUACAAUUGCGGGGGAGCGGAAGUGGCAAGUGGCGGAAUAAUUAAGGACAAAAACGCAAUUUCAAUUAUCGUUAGUGUAAUCUUGAAUGUGAAUUUAAAUGUGAACUGUGAGUGUUCGGUGUGCGGCAGUUUUUGCCAGACAAUUUGUUUCUCUGAAUGUGGUGUACUUUUUUCCCAUUGCAAAUUAGUUAGAGUGGCUUAAUCAAAUAUAUACAUUAUAUAUAGUUAUAUACAUGUGUGUCGGUGUGCCAGUAUUUUUGCUAAACUUAUUGAACUGAUAUCGUAUACUUUUUAAGUGCUCAAGCAAUUAUUGUAAUUUGAAUAAAGGAACUUUGGCCGCAUUCAAACGACAAAGGACUAGAAACCGGAGUCCUUUUUCCCCGAAAAGUGCGAGUGUGUGCUGCUAUUCGCCUUUGUCCUGCGAAUCAGGGGGUGUGUCCAAAGGGGCCGAGGGGGAAACUUUUUACAUAAGCAGGACCAGCUGCAAAUGGAACGGCCACCUGCGGCUACACGGCGGCUACUCAACGCCUGGAUCCCUCGCUUUGUUCGCCACUGAGUGCUUAGUGCUGAGUGCUGAGUGUUUAGAGCCGCGUGUCCUUGCAACGUGACAGCCCGAUUGUGCGUGGGGAUAUGCAAAGGAGUCCCGCCUCCCGACAAUGGCCCACUUAAAGCUGGACACACUCCACGUGCAGCGCAGCCCCCGCGGCUCCCGCAGGAGCAGUCCGAGCAGCGGCAGGAGCAGCGCCUGCAGCUCCGGGAGCAUCUCCCCCGUGCCCAUCAUCCCGAUCAUCGCCAUCAGCCACGAUGGCGACGAGUCCGAGUCGGAGUCCGAAAUCGAAACGGAGCCCGCGCGCCUCUUCCAGCGCCGCAUGUCCACCAAGUGCACUAACAACCUGGCUGCCAUCAUCAAAGAGGGAUUCCUGCUGAAGCACACUUGGUCCUUUCAGCGCUGGCGACGCCGAUACUUUCGCCUCAAGCGCAAUAUGCUGUUUUACGCCAAAGAUGAAAAGUGCGAUGUUUUCGACGAUAUUGAUCUAUCGGACUUGUGUUACUUCGAGUGCGGCAUCAAGAACGUAAAUCAUAGUUUUCAGAUAAUCACCCCCACUCGCUCUUUGGUGCUCUGCGCCGAGUCCCGCCGCGAAAUGGAGGACUGGCUGGGCAGCCUGAAGACGGCGACGGCGCCGCAGCGUCCGCGGGGCGACAGCUUCCUAAUCGAGCAGCACGACAUCCUGUCGAACCACCACCACUGGUACGCCACCUCCCAUGCGCGACCCACCUACUGCAACGUGUGCCGGGAUGCCCUCUCCGGGGUCACCUCCCACGGACUCAGCUGCGAGGUGUGCAAGUGCAAGGUGCACAAGCGGUGCGCGGCCAAGUCCAUUGCCAACUGCAAGUGGACCACCUUGGCGAGCGUGGGCAAGGACAUCAUCGAGCAGGCGGACGGCAUCAUCAUGCCGCACCAGUGGAUGGAGGGUAACCUGCCCGUAUCCUCCAUGUGCGCCGUCUGCAAGAAGACCUGCGGAUCGGUGCUCAGACUCCAGGAUUGGCGGUGCCUCUGGUGUCGCGCCACCGUCCACGUGGCCUGUCGUCCCCAGAUGGCAGUGGCCUGCCCCAUCGGUCCCGCCAAGCUGUCCGUGGUGCCUCCCACAAGUGUCCACUCUAUCAGCACCGACGACGCCUGGGAUGUGGCCAGUCCCAAGGGCAACUUCUCGCCCCUGUUGGUCUUCGUCAACUCCAAGUCGGGCGACAACCAAGGAGUGAAGUUCCUGCGGCGGUUUAAGCAGCUCUUGAAUCCCGCACAGGUCUUCGAUCUCAUCUCCACGGGUCCGAGCCUCGGACUCAGGCUCUUCCGCCACUUCGAGAUGUUCCGCAUCCUGGUCUGCUCCGGCGACGGAUCUGUGGGCUGGGUACUUAGCGAGAUAGAUCGAUUCAACAUGCAUAAACAAUGCCAGGUGGCCGUGAUGCCAUUGGGCACUGGCAACGACUUGGCCAGGGUUCUGGGCUGGGGCUCCAGCUGCGACGAUGACACCCACCUGCCGCAAAUUCUGGAGCGGUACGAGUCAGCUAGCACCAAAAUGCUCGACCGCUGGAGCAUCAUGGUCUUCGAGAAGGCCAUUCCAGUGCCCAAAACGCCCAAGAUGUCGAUUAGCACCGAGCAGGAGGCGAUGCUCACUGGCAUGGUGACGUCGGCCAACCACCAUCUGCGAUUCAUCGUGGAGACCAACGACACUCAAACCUUGAUCAGCUCCACGAGGAAUCUCUGCGACACCAUUGACGACCUGGUGUGUCGCAUCUCGGAGCACCAUAAAGACGACGAACAGCUGGCAGUUAAGUGCGACAUCCUCAGGCAGAAACUGAACAUGCUGCUGGAUGCUUUGCAGGAGGAGGAGAUGGGAGCCCACAGCGGCGACGACUUGAUCGCCACCAUCAGGAGUCUCAUCGCGAGGAGCAUUCCCCUGACACCAGGAUCCAGUGCCUCUCUGCUCAACCCAAACAUAUCAAUUGAAAAGACCGAAAAAGACCAGAUUAACACGAAGGAGCGCAGGAACAGUCGGUCGCUUCGCUCCAGCGAGAAGGAGGCGCUCCAGUGCCGCGCCAACAGCGUCAAGCGAGCCAUUUACAAUGUAGUGGAGCACUCGGAACCAGGACGUCCCAAACGCUACCAGCGGAAGCUCUCGAUCACGCCGUUCGAGGCACUGAAGCUGCCCACCACCACUUCCGGGGAAUCCACGCCCUGCGGCUCCCCCUUGCCAAUAAUCCCGCCCAUCAAUAUUAUCUCCCCCACCAUGGAAACCUCCCGACUUACCUGCAUUUCUCCUCUGCCUGAUACUCGACGCGAUUCCGUGGACGAGAACUUCUUCAACAGCAUUAAUCUUCCAGCUCCGCGACAAUUUGCAGACAGCCGUAGGAGCUCUGGCGUUGAAGUGAUUCAGGAGAUCGAGGAAGGUGCCAAUGGGGAGACGGUGUACCGAAGGAGUCGCAUGUCCUUGUCCGGUGGAGCCAAUAUCGACGAUGAUGGCAAUCGAUUGUCACCCAGCAGCGAUGGUGGCGAUAACACGCCCACCGAGCGCAAAGUGGACUUUCUGCGGGUUCCGAUUCAUACUGGUGAACCGAUUGUGGAUCCCUUAUCCGAUUACCGACCCCACGAGGUUUUCGAGCGUACCUACUACAUGACACGGGAAAUGGACAAGGAUAAGGAAAAAGAGAAGGAAAAGGACAAAGAUGUGGAGGAGGAUAAGGAGAAGGAUAAAUGUGUGGAGAAGGAGGACACCACGCCCACCGAGAAGCUAGUGCACACUUGUAGUCUCCAGGUACCCGGCGUUGUCGUUACCCCCAACUCCCAAAACGUUUACACAAGCGCCAGUCUAACAAUCAUUGAUACCGAUGCACAAACCACCACCGAACAAUCCUCCUCCGACGAUCUGGGAAACGAGGCCAGCGAUGUUCUUUCGGCCAUUAGCAAUGAGGAGUGCAGCGUGGCUUCCGAGAUAUUCGAUAAGCAGGACCCCGGUCAAACCGUGGGUGAUAUUAUUCAGAAUAUGGAUGCUAGCAACUUCACGCACAUUGAUUCCCCGGAAACCAGUGACGAAACGGAAGCAAUGCCCGGCGAGAGCAUCAUGGACGACAUCAGCUCGGUGCUGGGGCACGACAUCACCUACGCCCUGCAGGACAACACGCUGACCGACGACACCACCACCCUCUGCUCGGAGCACGCGGGACCACCGAAACCGCCUCGCAAGAAGUCCUUGAGCGCCUUGACCCGCGCGCAGCCGCAUCCGCGCAGACGCAACUCGUCUCCACCGCGCAUCGCGCGACUGGCGCGAAUGGACAGCGACGAUAAUCCGCAGCAGUUCGGGUUCGAGAACAUCGUGUUCGAGAUCGACAACAGAUGCGACGACCAGAAGAUGCGGGAGCCACCGCGCUACUGCAGCCUGGCGCAGUUCGUGGAAGGUAACGAUAUAGCGCGUCAGAGCUUCAAGCAGCUAAUGCUAGAACAACAACGAAGCGGCGACAACGAUAUCGACGACCCGGAUGCCCAGCAAACGCCAACGAACACGGUGGCCAAUUUACUGGCCACCACCAGCGAGGACGAGCUGUCCACGCAGACGGCCAUCAAAAUAGAAAUUCAAGACGUUGAUGCCACUGUGCGCAACAUCAACAGCAGCAUGAAGGCCAAUACGAUCUUGACCACGUCGACAUCGCCCACGAAGAAAUCGGGCCAUGGACAAGAUAUAAGUGUUGUUGUAAGACCGCCGACGCCGUUGCGCGGCGACUGCAUCAAGCCCACGGUUUCGCUCCUGCCUUGCCCCUCCGGCGGAGCCCUAUCCGUGUCCAUGGGCUGCUCCGGAUUGCUGGGAGUGCGCUCCCUGAACGCCUCCGAGAUCAGGCGCCACUCGAGCCACGCCCCCGGGCUGGCUGUCCGCGAGUUCGACAAGGACAAGGACCGCCGGCACUCCGGCUUCAAUCCCAAUCAGCUGACGCUGGACCCGGAGCACGCCCGCUUCCUCAGCAGUUCGCCGGCGGCCAGUCGCAGGAUCAGCUGCGGCAGCCUCUUCAAGCCGAACGAAGCACUUCCGAAUCUCCAGACCCUAAAGGGUUCCAAGUCGAGCUUGUUUAUGGGCUCAACGCUUUUUGGUUUCGAUCACUUCGCCGCCGGGGACAAGGACAAAGAGGAUAAGGGUGGCAAGGACAAGGAGAAGACGCCCACCGAGGAGACCAAUCGCAAGUUGCCCAUCAUCAAUCCAUUGGUGCGACUGCCCAAUUGGCCAAACCUUGCAAAUGGCGGUGGUUUUAUCUCCAAGUGUCUCCUGGCCAAUGCAGACACCCUUUGCGCCGCUGUGAGUCCUCUCAUGGAUCCGGACGAGACCCUUUUGGCUGGCUACCACGAGAAGUGCGUAAUGAACAACUACUUUGGCAUCGGCAUCGACGCCAAGAUAUCGCUGGACUUCCACAACAAACGGGAGGAGCACCCGGAGAAGUGUCGAUCCCGUGCGAGAAACUACAUGUGGUACGGAGUACUGGGAUCCAAGCAGCUUCUCCAGAAGACCUGCAAGAAUCUAGAGCAGCGGGUUCAGCUGGAGUGCGAUGGACAGAGGAUUCCGCUGCCGGAGCUCCAGGGAAUUGUUAUCCUGAAUAUACCAAGCUUCAUGGGAGGUACUAACUUCUGGGGCAGCAGCAAGAAGGACGACAUAUUCCUGCCGCCCAGCUUUGAUGACAGGGUCCUCGAAGUGGUCGCCGUCUUUGGAUCAGUGCAGAUGGCCGCCUCGCGGCUGAUCAACCUGCAACACCAUCGCAUCGCCCAGUGUCAGAGUGUACAGAUCAACAUUUUGGGCGACGAGGAGAUUCCCAUCCAGGUGGACGGUGAGGCCUGGCUGCAGCCACCGGGAAUGAUCCGCAUCUUGCACAAGAACCGAGUGCAGAUGCUGUGCAGAAAUAGGAGUUUGGAGCUCUCGCUGAAGAGCUGGCAGGAGAAGCAGCGCCAGCACAGCAUCUCCAUCCAAAGGGACGCAUCCUCCACUGCUUCGGAGCACGCCAUCUCCACCGAUGAGGUGAUCUCCGAGCGCGAGUGUUACGUGCUGCUCAACUUCAUUGAGGCCGUUAGCUCGUUGGUCAAGUGGGUCAAGUUCCUGAUCAUCUCGCACCCAGCAUUGCAACACGAUCUCUAUGAGGUGGCCUGUCGGGCCAGCGAAGCUCUGGAGUCGAUUCACCCGCAGGGAAAGCUGCUCGAAGGUCCUUCGCUCCGCACCAAGUUGGUGGAAGUCAUCGACUCCUCUCGCCAGCUGUACGACGACGCCUGCACUUUGCUGCGGGAUCGGGGUCACAGUCUGAUUCUUCGCGAGGAUCUGGAGACGAAACUCAGUGCCGCAUUGGCCAACAUGGAAAUGGAGCUAAAGAAGUGUUCGGUUCAGAAGUGCAUCGACGGCAAAUUGCGGGCCUACUUCAAUGUUUUGGCGCCCAACGAGGAGUCCGAUGGCCGCCGAAAGUCGAGACCCUUCUGGGUGCGAUUGAGGUCCGGUUCCACUGCCGGCCAGCAGGCAUUUAAGCCACCUCUGACCAACACCCGGGAGGCGGCCAACAACUGGAGCGUCAACGAGGUGGUCACCUGGCUGGAGACCAUGCAGUUGUCGGAGUACGUGGACAGCUUCCUGAAGAACGACAUCCGCGGCAAGGAACUGCUCACCCUGGGAAGGCGCGAUCUUAAGGACCUCGGAGUGGUCAAGGUGGGCCACGUUAAAAGGAUACUGCAGGCCAUCAAGGAUCUCAGCGAGAACUAGGCUUCCUGUUUGGCUAGUUACCUGUUACCGGCUAGUACAAACAAAUCAGUCUUCGAGUCGAUGCAGGGGGGAAAUAAUGAGUUGUAAGCGAUCACUGGGGUUACUAAAUUAUUUUGGGACGAAAACUGCAUACAACAAUCACUAAUUUAUAGGCUAGCUUAGCUAACAUGUCGAAGAGAAGGGGAUCGCGCGAAAGAACAAAUAAUACUUAGAAUGCAAUCAUUUGAUGAGAACGACUAUAACACAAAGGAUACUCUUUACAUUUAGGCCCAACUGACUUACUCUCCGACAAGUUAUCUCGAUGUAUAACAUUUGCUAGGCAGGAAAUUGUACAAUUUUUCAGCUCCCUUGCCCAGUAAAAAUCGAGACAUGAACGAAAAGCACUAAAA